AGAUCUUCUGCGUACAAUUUCCUGUUCUUUUAGUUAUGGUUGUUGUUUGCUAGAUGCAGUCAUAGAACCCUUCCUUCCUCGUGAGGCCGCCGCUUGUUUGCCAGCUUUAUUACCGUUUUUUGGUUUGCCAUUUCUCUGUCGACAACCUCUGCUGCCCCUCAUUUCCGAUCACGGCUCCUUUUGUUGUUCUUGCACACCCUCAUGUCGCAAGAUACGAUUUACCGACACCCGUUGUGGGACAUCGAAGAUCCCACGUUGACCGUCGCACAGGCGCGGCUGAAGCUGCUCUUCGACUUCGACCCCCCGUCGCACUACCGCUUGCAGCCCAACGGACCACUGCUACACGGCCUCCGCCCGAGUUGUUUGCUGUGUGGCAGCGUCGCUUUACCCGGCGGUGGCAGCAACACAACAGCGCCGUCUGCGCCUAUCACGACACGUCGGAUGGGUGUCUUUGGACGCGUGGGCAGUGCGCCGGUGCAGUACCACGAGCCGUUGGUGACGGAGUGGACCGAUAUUGGCAUCCCACCUGUUGUGAUGAAGGAAGACUUGUGA